AUGUUCAACCAAAAUGAACCUAAACAUCGACAAGAGCCACUGAAAGAACAAUUUAAUACAUGCGUUAUACCACGCGCUGUAAGAUGGGCUCGCGAUUUCUGUCUCGAAACCAGUAUGCAUGGGUUCCUCCACAUCGCUGUGCAAGGCAGACAUUGGUUUGAAAGAAUCCUCUGGGCCACCAUAACAGCAGCGGCAAUUUGGGGCGCCAUUGAAAUAUCGUUGGGCCAAUGGCAGAGAUUCAACGAUAACCCAACAGUGGUUACUCUGGAGAAAGAUUUUAGGAAUUGGCGGUUUAGUUUACCCAGUAUCACCGCUUGUGACGUGAACCGAGUAAAAGCCUCGAAACUUCCAGAGGUGAUAAAGAAACUUUGGAACAUCGAGCCAGAACACGAGAAAUACGAUUAUUACAAACGCUUUGUGACCACUGUAGCCAAUUCGGACAUCUUUCAUCUUAAAGAUUAUAAGGAAUUUAAGGAUGAUCACACACUUGACGUUGAUUUGAAGCAGUUAGUUAUUGAUGUGUUGCCAGAUUUCCUCGUAAAAACAACCUGGUCUCAACCAACCGACGCUGUGUGGACGCCCGUCAUGACAGAAGCCGGCAUUUGCUAUAAUCUCAACUCCUUGGCUAUUGAUGACGUUGCUAUCGUGUAA